CUCGACGAAUGAAAUACAUCUUCAACCUACAGUUCUUCGCCCAAAGUAAAAGACCUCUCGACCAUGUUACGUCGCGGCCAGUCUUACCACCGCCACCUCAUGAUCGCCACCGUCCGUUUCCGUCCGUUCUCCACCGUCGAUCCCAACCAGACUAUUCCCCAAUCCUACACCGUCACGCCUCCGAUCAAGCCCUGGCCCCAGCGGCUCUACCCCAAGCGCCUCGUCUCCAUGGUCACUCGCCAGCAAAAUCUCGACCUUGCCGUCCAAAUCUUCCACUACGCUGGCAAAUUCCACCACGGUUUUUCCCACAAUUACGACACCUACCACGCCAUCAUCCAACGCCUCGGCCGCGCCCGCGAGUUCGAAGCCGUCGAGUCCUUGCUCUCGGAGCUUAGUCGUUCUCAGAUCAAAUGCGGCGAAAACCUUUUUAUCGACGUAAUUCGAAGUUAUGGCCUCGCGGGUCGACCUGAUUCGGCGUUAAAAACCUUCCUACGCAUUGAAGACUUCGGUAUUCAACGCUCGGUGAGGUCGUUGAACACUUUGUUAAACGCUUUGGUUCAGACCAGGCGGUAUAGUUUUGUGCAUGUAUUGUUCAAGAACAGUAAAUCGAGAUUUGGGGUCGUGCCUAAUGUGUUCACGUGUAAUAUUUUGAUCAAAGGCAUGUGUAAGAAGAAUGAGGUGGAAGGUGCAGUCAAGGUGCUCGAUGAAAUGCCUGCGAUGGGAAUGAUACCUAAUUUGGUUACUUACACUACGAUUUUAGGUGGGUAUGUUGCGCGGGGAGAUAUGGUUAGUGCGAAGAAGGUUUUUGGUGAGCUUUUGGAUAGAGGAUGGAUGCCCGAUGCGACUGCGUAUACAGUUUUGAUGGAUGGCUUUUGUAAGCUAGGGAGGUUGGUCGAUGCAAUCAAGGUGAUGGAUGAUAUGGAGGAGAAUGGGGUUGAGCCGAAUGAGAUUGCUUACGAUGUCAUGAUUGAUGCUUAUUGUAAAGCGAAAAGGUCAGGGGAAGCACGUAACUUGCUUGAUGAUAUGCUUGAGAAGAAGUAUAUACCGAACUCGACACUUUGUUGUAAGGUGAUCGAUGUGUUGUGCGUAGAAGGGAAGGUUGAGGAUGCGUGUUUGUUGUGGAAGAGGCUAUUGAAGAAGAAUGUUAUGCCGGAUAAUGUUAUAUUGAGCUCCCUUAUACAUUGGCUUUGUAAUAAGGGGAAAAUAUGGGAAGCCAGGAAGUUAUUUGAUGAGUUUGAGAAGGGUUCCAUUCCAAGUGUUUUGACGUAUAAUACACUUAUAGCGGGGAUGUGCGAGAGAGGGGAGUUGUAUGAAGCGGGGAGGUUGUGGGAUCACAUGGUGGAAAAGGGAUGUGCUCCUAAUGCUUUUACGUAUAACAUGUUGAUUAAGGGGUUUCGUAAGGUUGGCAAUGCAAAGGAGGGGAUCAGAAUCCUGGAGGAGAUGUUGGAAAAAGGAUGUUUGCCGAACAAUUCGACUUACUCUAUAUUGAUUGAGGGACUUUAUGACUCGGGACAGGAAGAAGAAGUCGUAAAGGUUCUUUCAUUGGCCAUGUCAAAUGGAGGAGUUGACAGUGAUUCUUGGGGCAUUUUCUUUACCGAGAUGAUUGAUAAUCUUGAUAGUGGGACAUGUGAUCUCAACAGAAUAUUAAUGGAGAGUGCUUCUUAAAACUAUACUGAAUAUAUGGUCACAUUCACAGAGAUGAGGUUACGGGUGGAUCAAUUUGAGAUAAUGCAGGAGUCAACUUCAAAAAUGCAUCUGCGGUGUCUUUGCUUCUUAACAAAGAUGUCCCUGAACAGGUUUGCCGUGUUAUGUGUUUAACUCCAAAAAUGCAUUAAUUAGUCAUGCAGAAUGGGCUGUGCUUGGUGAACAGUGUGUUUGAGUUGCCCUUGCUCAAUUCACUGUCUUAGUGUGCAUAUCUAUUAUCAGAGAGGUGAAUAGCAAGGGUUCUCAUCCAUUCAUGACUUUGUAGGAACAUAGUCUGAUGGGAGCUGAGCUGUUGGGCCAAACGCAUUUAAGCAGGAUUAGGAUCGCCUUUAUUUCAUGAUCUCGAUUUAAAGUUAGUGCAUCUAAUGAUGUAUAUGAUGCUAUAUUAUUUAAGCUUUUUAAAGGACGUGCUAAUAUUGUUAUCAUACACAUGGUUAGAUGCACCAACUUUAAAUUCUGACUAUGAAAUGAAUAGUCAUUUGAAAUGAAGAGAUCCUAUUCCUAGGAGCAGGUCUAGGAAGAAACUGGUCUUAUUGUGAACUUUCAGAAUGUUUCAGUUCUGGUGAUUGGCCAGGAUAUUAGUCUGUUGGUGCCAAGAACCUUGUCUGAAGCAUAUUCAUUAUUCAUUUUGUUUAAUUUGGUUAGUUCUCAGCCAAGUGAAACUAUAUAGGAAAACGAUAAAUUCUUUUUCCAUGAAAUUGUGAAAAAAAAAAAAAAAAAAAAAAAAAAAAAACUCGGACAGUGGAAGUAAUUAUCUGCACUCUGCAUUGGUCAAAUCCUUGAGAUCGCUUAUUCGCUUGUAGCUUUUUUGUCUGUAUAUUGUUGAAAGUCAUUCACCUAUUUAAUGUGUCCGCUCAAGUAGGUGCGGGGACAAGACGGUAGGUGCGGUCCAAGCCUAAUAUUCAAAGAGAACCAGAACAUAGGCCGCAACUGUUCAAUUUCUCGAUCAAGAGUGCUUUGAAUGAAAAUUUGCAUGUGAAUCACUGCUGCAACUUGACUAUUAUUUUGGACGGCCGGACUAACGAUGAGUCACCUACAAGUCAAAGGAAAACCUAUCGAGGUGACGCCUACCGGUGGGGGGGAGGGUCGGUGGGGAACCUCCGAUGUUUAAGUCAAUUAAGCCCCCUUUUGGAAGAGAAAACUAAAGUAGACAAGAAAUAUAUGCAACAACUAUGUUGCUGAUUACCUCAAAUGCGGCUGAAGUAGACUUUGUUCGGUCGAUGCCCCAACCAUGAAGAUGUUGUUGGUCGGACAGUUUAUGGCUGACUGGCUAGUACUUGUGCAUGGAUGUUGAUAGUUUGGGCAAAUCGUGCCCACAUAGUGCUCGCGCAAGAAGACUUUACAUUAUUAAGAGUAUAAAAUAAAACUAUACCUGGGUCUGGACGGCUCUAGAACAAACCAUAGCGGGUGGCAUGGCGAUGCGCGAUGCUUGCGUGCUUGGGAGGUGGUUGUUGUUGGCUGAGGGAGCAAGUGCUUGGUCUCGGUGCGUAAGGAGCUUGGACCUGUGCGAUGUUUGCUUAUAACAUCGCAUGUCCGAGUGCCGAGGAGGUACCUUGAGAUCAAUGUUGUACCUAGGGUCCGAGUUGGUUCCUUGGACCCGAGGAGGUGGUGUUACCUUGAUUAAUCGAUAGUUUCUCAAGGCACUAAAAGUUCUCGUCGGGUCAGGAGGUCCCCAAGGCUUUUUGUAUUAUUAUUCAUCUAAAAUAACAAUUUGAAAUUGUUAUUAUUUGUUGUGAACUAAGCAAAUAAUAAAAUAAGUUCGGUGAUAUAAAAAAAAUUAUGGUGUGGUUUAUGCAUUGCAAUCAUAGAAGUAGAAGUAUUUAUUAGUGGCAAUAAUUUAUUUGACCACUGACAUUGAAGCUUUAUGCAUUGCAAUGCAUAUGUUAUUGGCAUCUGCAGGACUAGUUUUGUUCUCCCAGCCGUAGGGUUGUGGAGUUGUGGUCCCUCCCGGAGUUGGAUCCAGUGAGGUUGGUGUUUUUCUUUCGUUGUUUUGUUUUUGGUUUUGUUGUUGUUGGUGCAAACAGAAGGAUUCCUAGGCUCUGGCCUUUGGGAAUGGCCGAUGUCGGUGGGUCUCUGGUGGAGUUGUGCUUUAUUGCUAGAUCUAUAAGUAUCGGCUGGGUGUUCGUUGAGAUGAGCUUUUCUUUAGUGGUCGCCGGCCUCCUUCGGUCUCGGUAGUCACCUGACGGAGCUGUGCGGUUCUUUCUUACACAGCUCGUGGCCAGCACGCGUUGGGGAGUGUCCUCCCUGGAAUAGCGCGUGAGGGUCACAAUUUGUAUAUCCGGCUUCGUUUAGUUUCGAUCUGGGCUUUUGGAGGUCGUUUGAUGCUGGAAGGGUUCUUGGAGUAGGCGCGUGUUCUACACGCCCUGAGCUCCGGUGGCGGUUCUCCUGGUGAUGGUUUUCUGGUUUUUUCUGUUUGUAUUUGUACAUUCUUGUAUCUUUGUUCAUAGUCUAUCUUUUGGUAGCAGUUUUGAGUCAGGAUUUUUCCUGACUUAGUGGAUGGAGUUUUUUUUUAGCUUUAUUCACUACAAUGGCCUACGGGCAUUGAUGUAGCCUUCGGGCAGUGUUCUCAGCUUCUUUGCUCUUGUAUUUGUUCAAUGGCUUUGGCCUUGAUGUAAUCCCCUUUGGGGCUUCAAUUCAACAAUGAAGGUUUCUGGAA